AUGCGCACCCUGUUGUUGUUGGCCGUGUUCAUGUUGUGCGCGUGCAUCGCCGUCGGUCAGGUGAACUUCACACCGACGUGGGGCCAGGGCAAGAGGAACGCGCCCGCAUCGGACGAGUGCAAGUCCAUGGACACGCUCAUCUACAUCUACAAGCUGGUGCAGAAUGAAGCGCAACGGAUUGCAAUGUGCGAACGUAUGUCCGUCACGUCUUGA